CGCGAGGGAAAGAGGGAGAAUCACAAAGAAAAAUACGGGACGGUACUUCUCUCUCUCCCUCUCCUGUCAUUUACUCUUUCUAGCCUACCUUCAUAUAUACGUUCUUUGCUUCCUCACGGGACGCUAUCCCCUCUCUUACAAUUUCUCACUCUCCCAGUUCUCUUCUCACACGCCGUCUCUGUUUCUUAAUCCCCAUAUGCUCCUUCUACCAUUAUCUUCCUUUUCAAGUUUUUUCUGUCCUGCACAUAUCGGAUUCGCUGGUAUUUUCUUCUUGUAGUAACUGGGGCUCGUAUUUCGGGGAAUGAUUUUUGGGUCAAACAACGCAGAAUAAGAGACAAAAAGAAUGUCGCAGACUGGGAAGUCGAUGCGGGGACUGGGGUUCGAUUCUCUCGCUACUCGAUUCCGCGAUUUGUUGAGUUCUGACGAAAACAAGCCUGAUUUUAAAGAACUCGAUCUGGGUUCCCCUGUUUCUCCAUUGAAAACCCGCGCUUCAGUUAAUCCUGCCUGCGCCGGCGCUUCCAACACCUCCAGCUGCAGCUCGAGCUCCUCUGCAGGUUCAGUUUCCGGCAGCAGAAAUGCCAUAGCCAAGUUGCCCAAUAAACCAGACGGGAAGCCCAGCAACAACUGCGGCGAGUCCCGUGAGACCAACUCGAACGCCUCCGAGAGCCUUCGAUCCGCUUCGGCAUCCCGGCACACCAAGCCGGGUCAUAGGAGAUCAGUUUCAGCUGGAGCCCCUUUAAUAUACUCCAGGGGAAGUUUUAGCGGCUCGGUGAAUAACAGUCAUUCAAAUGGUGCAACUUCAGGGACUAAUUUGCUCCCGGCCGGCAAUAUUUGUCCGACGGGGAAGAUCUCAAAAACCUGUUUGGCGCCUCGAACGCCCAAUAGAACUGACGUUUUGGGUUUAGGGGCGGUAAACUACGGCCGAGGCAACAUAAUGUGCGGUGGCGGGAAAUUGGGAAAUGGAAGGCACAUUAUCGUCGAUGACAAUGUCAGCGGGAAUUCUCAGCUCGGAGGGGUUUCGGGCAUUGUGAAGCGGGCAAUGAGUGACUCUGAUCCUGAGGGGGUGAAAAAAGCUGGAAAUGAGCUCUACAGAAGCGGUUACUUUGCGGAGGCAUUGUCGUUAUACGAUCGCGCAAUUUCCAUAUCGCCCAAAAAUCCUGCUUAUCGGAGUAACCGUGCGGCAGCGUUGACAGCACUGGGGAAGUUGGCUGCGGCUGCAAAGGAGUGUGAGGAGGCUGUGAAAUUGGACCCUGGUUAUGCCAGGGCUCAUCAGAGACUUGCUUCACUUUAUCUGCGCUUUGGGCAGGUUGAGAAUGCCCAGAGCCACCUCUGUCUCCCUGGAAAACAGGUGGAUCUAUCUGAACUGCACAAGUUGAGGUUAUUGGAGAAGCAUCUUAAACGAUGUGCGGAAGCACGUAAGGUUGGUGAUUGGAAGAGCGCACUUAGGGAAUCAGGCGCAGCCAUUGCUGUUGGAGCAGAUUGCUCACCUCAGCUUGUUGCUUGCAAAGCCGAAGCCUAUUUGAAACUUCAUCUACUCGAGGAUGCUGAGUCUACCCUCUCAAACAUUCCAAACCUGGAGAUAUGGUCUCAAGCCAAGUUCUUUGGCAUGGUUGGUGAAGCAUAUGUUCCUUUUAUUCGAGCUCAGGUUGAGAUGGCCUUAGGAAGGUUUGAGAAUGCAGUAGCAGAAGCAGAAAAGGCUAGUUUGAUAGAUUAUAGCAACGUGGAAGUUGCAAAAGUAGUGAAUACUGUGAAAAUGGUGGCAAGAGCUCGCUCUCGAGGCAACGAUCUCUUUGGAUGUGGAAAAUUUUCUGAAGCUUGCUCUGCUUAUGGAGAAGGCCUCAAAUAUGAUAGUUCCAACUAUGUUCUGUUCUGCAAUAGAGCUGUAUGCUGGUCUAAACUUGGGCUGUGGGAAAAGUCUGUUGAGGACUGCAACCAUGCUUUGCGCAUCCAACCAAACUGCACCAAGGCCCUUUUCCGUAGGGCUGCCUCAAAUUCAAAGCUUGAAAGGUGGAUAGAUGCUGUAAGAGAUUAUGAAGCAUUAAAGGGUCAACUUCCCAGAGACAAUGAAGUUGCUGAGUCUCUCCGUCAGGCUCAGCUGGCAUUGAGGAAAUGUCGCGGGGAAGAGUGUGGUUCAAAGCUUGGUGUUGAGGUUGAAGAGGUCUCUACAUUUGAUAGAUUCAAAGCUGCAACUGCUUCUGGCAUCUCAGUGGUUCAUUUUAAAGAGGGAUCUAAUGAACUAUGCCAAGAAAUAUCCCCUUUCAUAAAUAAGCUCUGCAUUCGGAACCCAUCUGUUAAAUUCAUCAAGGUGGAUGUGGAAGAGUGUGUGAGUAUAGCAAAAGCUGAGAACAUAAGAACUGUGCCUACCUUCAGAAUAUAUACAAAUGGAGAGAAGGUGAUGGAGAUGAUAAGGCCAAGCCAUCAGUUGUUGGAGGACUCUUUGAGGAAUUGUAGUAGUCUGUAGCUUCCAUAAUUUAUACCCGUUAAAUUUUUUUAACUCACAGGUGACUCGGCCAAACCAUACCAGUUGAAGAAGGUGCUCCAAGAAUGCACAAAACUCUCCUUAGUUCAGAAAUAUUAGGAGGAUCAGUUUUUACCUUGAUACACAAGGUGCAUACAAAUUUUUCAGAGCUUUAGGCAGAUAAACCUCAGAAGAACCAUUUUCUUGUUGAAUAGGAUUUUCAAUUAUAAAUGUAAAUUUUUUUCCUUCUUUU